GCUACAAGUUUUGCUUACAAUUCAUACACGGAAACGCCCAUAAAACAACAAACAAAAAAAACCCUGUAAUCUUAAAUUUCUCAAGAUCAAAAAUCAAUUCAAAUCCUCCAAUUUUGCUCUAAAAUUUCUUCUAUAAAGAGGGGUUUUUUUGUUUUAUCUCAUUUCACCGUCCAAAAAUUAAUUGUUGCGUUUGUUUAAAAUUAUAAAUAUUUUCUUAGUAACAGUUAAUUUUUGGUAAAAUCAAAUGGGUCAGCAACAAUCAAAGGAUGAAUUGUUGUAUCAGCAGGUUGCAUAUGGUAACAUUGAAGGCGUUAAAUCUCUUCAUAGAGAAGGUGCUGGUCUCGAGUACUUGGAUAGAGAAGGGAAGACUCCAUUAAUUGCUGCUUGUUUAAAUCCAGCACUCUAUAAUGUUGCUAAAACACUUAUAGAGUUGGGUGCCAAUGUCAAUGCAUAUCGUCCAGGUCGUAAUGGAGGGACACCUUUACAUCAUGCUGCAAAGCGUGGAUUGGAAAACAUUGUGAAUUUGCUUCUUGCGCAUGGAGCGAAUGCUCUAUUGAUCAAUGAUGAUUGUCAAACGCCUCUAGAAGUUGCUAGGGCAAAAGGCUACAGCAAUGUAGUCCGUGCAAUUGAGAGUCAUAUCUGCUUAUACUCUGGCUGGUUGCGAGAGCUUUAUGGGCCAGGAAUUUUGGAAAUACUAGCCCCGCAGCUGCUUUCAAGAAAAGUGUGGGUGGCUGUUCUUCCUUGUGGUUCUCGUAAUCUCAGAAAGCCUUUCAAGUUGGAGCUUGCCGUCUAUGUAAAUAUACAGGAUGCUCAACCUUGUACAACUAUAGCUUUGUGGAGGGCCAAUAUGGAGGAACCGGAUUUUAACCUACGUGAUCCUGCAGUAAUAAUUUCUGAAGCAUCUAACAUUCCAAAGCGUGGAAGGAGGAGAAGUUGUAGGCCUCGACGUGUUAGUCAGGCACGCAUUAAACUUGCCCCACUUAAUGUAAGUGACAAGCAACAACUUCAGCAAUUCUGUAAUGCAUGCAAAGGAAUUCCACAGGUGAUGCAUUCGAAUUUUCCCUUCAACAACACCUCUACUCCAGUUCUUCCAUCAACUGCCACACCACCUGCUUUAGAAGCACCACCAAUAGACAACCCACCUGCUUCUGAAGAAGAUCUGGAGUUAGCGAUGGCGAUAAACGCAUCUCUUCAGUCAGCUAUGGAAGAGGGUAUACACCUUGACCAUGUCGAAGCACCCAAUGAAGCAAGUUCAUCUGCCGUCGUUGCUGGCUCUUUUCCCUUCAACGAUCAAAUCGAUCCUCCUCCUUCAAAGAAAGCAAGUUGCUCGCAACAACUCAUUGAGGACGAAGGAGAACCUAGUGCAAUAACCAGCACUGACACUCCGACACUGCCUAUUCCAUCAGCCCCAACUGUCACUGACGACAUUCUGCUCGAUGGUCCAAUUCAUUACCCAACUAUUGAUUUAAGCACGGUGGAUGCAGUGGGGGGCCCAAUAGUGAACAAAAACCAUACUCCUGAAGAUGGAAGCAAGAUAGUUGAAUCUUCAUCGUGUGUAAUAUGCUUCGAUGCUCCGGUGGAGGGAGCGUGUGUACCUUGUGGCCACAUGGCUGGAUGCAUGUCGUGUUUGAAUGAAAUAAAAGCGAAGAAAUGGGGAUGUCCUGUUUGCCGCACCAAUAUCGACCAAGUGAUUAAGGUGUAUGCUGUUUGAGCUUCAUGGCAUAAUUGUUGUAACUCGCGGUAUGUUCUAUGGGCGAAACGCUAGUUGCUACGUGCUGAAGUGAUAUGCAUGUGAUGUUGUUGGGUUGUAACUUAUACCUGUAAGAUGUUAAACCUUUGCUUCAGUACUGUAAGAUGAUAGUGAGCUCAAAUAAUCGAUCUUAUGAAACCUCCGAUGCAGCCAUUAUCCUUAACUGGAAAAAUGUGAUUAUUAGGGAACUAUACUCAAACAUGAUUGUUUGUAAAUUCGUUUCUUUUGUAUAUAAUGUUGUUUUUUGCUAAUGAAA